CUUUACACUAUUAAGCAUCAUAUGAUAUUAGAUAGCUAAGGACAAAAAUUACCAAGGACAAGUUUGAGGGUUGUCUAAUUUUUUCCCCUUGAGGACUUGCAGCUGGUUCUUCACAUCACAUUUUAGCUAUAACCUGCAAAUAUACAGAGGAAUUUGUUAUGGAAGAGAAACAAAGUGCAAUGAGGCAGCACAGUGGGAUUUGGAAAUCCUUGAGAGAUGGAGACUUUGAAGAAGAAGAAAUUUGGGAUGUUCUACAAAACAAACCUGAUUCUAGCUCUGGAGUUCUCAAGCCCAAAGAGAAGGAACCUUCUCCUCUUCCUGCUCCUAGGCCCAUCCCAACUGCAUCAAGGAUGAUCCCAAGAAGGAUUUCAAAUUGCAGCAGCAACAGUGCUAGUUCCUCCCAUGAAGUCAAGAUUCUUCAGCAAUCAGCACCUGUCAACAUUCCUGACUGGUCCAAGGUUCAUAGGAAUGAUGAUGAUAACAACCAGAAAAAGGCCUUCAGAAGUGGUUCAAGGCUUGAUUCUUAUGAUGCACAUCAUUCUGUUGUUGAUGAUGAAGUUGAUGGCGGGGAUAGUGAUGAGGAUGAUGAGUAUGAUUCCAAGCUUCCCCCACAUGAGUUUAUCGCUAAAAGGCUUGCAAGGAGCCAUAUAUCCUCAUUUUCUGUCUUAGAAGGUGUUGGGAGAACCCUCAAAGGUAGGGAUCUCAGCAAACUGAGGAAUGCUGUGCUCACAAGAACUGGUUUCCUCGAAUGAUUGUGGCAUGUUUGGAUCAACUUCUCUCUCGUCAGAAUCAGUUCUGAAAUCCAUAAGCUGCUAUUCAAUGCAGGUUUGGAAAUUGUUCUACAAUCGAUUUUAAAGCCAGAGUCAAUUAUGGAUUGAAGUUUUUGUGUUUCAGAAUUGAUUCAGAGGAAAGAGAAGGUUAUCCAAACAUGCUACCAGAGAAGCUUCUUGUCAGAAUUGAUUUUAACUGUUGAAUCAAUAGUAGAGAGAUUUCCCAACAUCCAUAAUAAAAAAGGCCUCUACAAUAGCAAUAUACUAGUGUGAGUUCUUCCUCAUUUGCAAUGUAUACUGGGGGUUAGUGCUCUGUAGUAAGAGGGAAGCAGUUACUUAGCAUUGGGGAUUUUUGUUCAUGAUUGGGAUAUAAAAGAUUAGUUUAGGCAUUUACUAUGAAAAUCAAUGAAUUGAUCAAAUUGGUUGAGGCAAAGUCAAUGGAUUUCAUUCUCUUUCUAUAUUA